AUGAGAGGAAGUCGCGAAUUGAUCGGGCCUCUGUCAUUUUCCGUGCGAAUUGACUCGAGAUUCGAAUAUUGUGCGGUGGGAAGCUGCGAUUUGAAAUCCGAAACAGGCAUCAACGACGGAAGAGUCAGGGAACGUCGCUGUGCCAGUCUCUUGAAAUGUGGAAUUUUCGCGUUGCUUUUCGGUCGCUUCCGACUCAAUCGCCAAGGCAGCAGACGGCGACAUCGAGGCAUCAAUCGGGACCAGCUGAAAGCCACUGUGAGAAACAAGGGAGAUCAUCAGCAUCAUCGCCCACACGUUGUGAGACCGCUCCACGAAAUUGGCUAA